AUGUUCAGAGAGGGGGCUGUCCUGUGCUUAUGGGCCCUGUGCCUGUCUGUGGGGCACAGUCAGCCUGUGUCCUGCACAGAUGGAGACCAUUGCACUCGUGGCUACUAUUGUGACACGGAAGCUAAAAAGUGCAGGGAGUGCUUGAGGUGUCAAGAUUUCAAGCGCGAGCCGUUGGAAGACAACACUUGUAUUACAUCCAUCGAUAAAUGCGGACUUUGUUUUAAAGGGUACGUGAUCGAUCGCCUGGGUGACGUGAACGCGCCUUGCGUGAUCUCUGGCACAGCAGAGCCUGCCUACCCGCCGAAUUAUGUAUGGUGGCUUAUCGGUGUAAGCGUAUUCAUUUUUCUGUCUCUGAUGAUCGGCAUUAUCGUCUACAUCUACGUAAAUCCCGGAGUCUUCAAGUUUGCAGGUAAUUGUCCAAGUGGUACGGUGAGCACGAACAUUUUGACGGCUCCCAGACCCACAGCUCCUGAGGCACCACCGCCAUACCAACCACCGUAUAACGAUGUUCCGUACACAUCGGUCCGCACUACAGAGUCACCUUGCCCGCCGACGCUUGGAGUUGAAGAUAUCGGCGAUAUAAAUGAAGAAUAUGGUUCAUUUAUCAAGCCCAUGUCGCGGAUGCAGCAGUCUGGACCGCGGCAGUCGGAUGCCAACCAAACCGCAAGGGUCUUCAACCCCGAGACUCCAAUCAUUACAGAGGUGAAUGAUAACUUGCCUGUCCACGAUGAAGUGACUGCAGACAGCAAUUGGACACCUAACGGGCCUUCCAACGCAGAUAUCAAUGCCAAUGUAAGCGAGGCGACGAGCGAGGCGGCGAGCGAGGCGGCGAGCGGCGCUCUGUCCCAGCAGCUGGCGGUCGCGCGCGACACCACGCUCAUCGAGCACGCGCCCAAGCGCAAGCGCCUCUCCGCGCCGAGUUCCAACAACGGGAACCGAGAGAGUAGUUCAGGCGCCGACUACACCCAGGGCCACUCCUCAGGGACGCAGACCGGCGCUCCGUACAACUUUAUCACACAGAUCACCAAUGUGGUACAAAUCAACCAAACGUCAUAA